AUGGCACAGAACGCCAAGCUCCAGCCAAGCUUUGAGGACGUUUUUAAUAUUCUAUCCCAGAUCCCACAAGACAGACUCCUCAGCCUCAAACAUAAACUGAAGCACUUGGUAUUUGGGCCCAGCAGCAAAUUACUGCAAGCCAUGAUCCUGCUUACCCUGGGGCGAGAAGGGGACGCAAGAAUCUGUCUGGAUGCCUUGGGAGAUAACCGGGCAGCCCAGUACAUCCACCAGACCAAACUGGGCGCUGCAGGAGCGCAGGAAGACAGGGGGGAUUUGCAGCCUCCCCAGCUGGAUGCGGGUGCCAUGGCGCUUCUGGCACAGAUCUACUCCCUGUUGGCGAAGGAAAAACCGUGCAGUCAUGAGGCCACGGACAAAGCCUGCCGGGCUGCCACCAAAGCCCGCAACGCCAGCAAGGAAACUCAGGGGGCCACACUCAACAGCAUCCCACCCCAGGACCAGGAAAACCACAGCUCUGCUGCCAACACGGGCCCAGGCAACAAAUUUCAGACGCUGAGAUCUGAUGCGGGCGCUGGAUUUCUCCAGGUGCCCAGCCCAAACUACGUGGUGAGAAGUUCCCCCGUGCAGAUUGGAGGCAACUCGGACCUUUCAGGCCCACAGACCCUGCGCUCCACGGGCACCCCCUCUUUCCCCAGUCGCUUUGAGAUCAGCGCGUCGCCAACGGUUGUUUUUCGCACCCAGCCGUCUUCCCACCAGGGUGUCCCCCAGCCCAGCGGGCUGAGCGAAGGGAGUGCCAGCGGUGCUGGACAGCCCGAUGGAGACGGACAGAGCCACGGCCCCCAGGAAACAAGCUGGGCCAGCAGAACCAAUUCCCAUCCCUGGCAGGACACAGGUGCCCAAGUCUCCCAGCUGGAGAAGGUUCUGCCGCUCAGUUCACGUCAUCCAACUCUCCCUAUUCCCGAAACGCAGCCGCCCACACUGGGUGCUCUGAACCAACCUGUCCAAAGUAGUGAUGUUUCCAGCACAGUGGCAGCAGAACCUCAUGCACCAGAAGAAAGCACAGCCAAAAAGCAAGACGAAAAGCACUUAUCUACAGGUCUUCCUGACUCAAGAGCUACAGGGGAUACUGGUUCUGCCCAUAAGUCCACGGAGGACUCCUGUGUUCCAGAAGGCACUUCUAACUCUGCAUCUGCUUCCAUUUCAGCCUGUCCCCUUCCUCCUCCUAGCUGUUCCUUCUCCUCAACCCUUCCCCCUCAUUUUCUGGGAGCUGCUUCCAACUUAUCUUAUGCCCCUCCCCUCCCCUCAUCCCCCUCUCCAGCCUGGCUGCCUCCUCUCCAAAGUGUAGAAGCAGUGCCCACAUCAGAGUUAGAUGGUAGAGAGCUAAAGUUCUUCACCUUUGUUGUCCUGCACGCUAGUGAAGAUGAGAUUGUUGCCCAUCGGGUCAAGAACCUGCUGGAGAACAUGGGGGUUCCCAACGGUGCCACCCUCUGUGAGGACUUCUUCAUUGCUGGACGCAGCCACCUCACUUGCUUCCAGGAUGCUAUGGAGAACUCUGCUUUCAUCAUCCUUCUGCUGACCAAGAACUUCCCAGGAAACCUGUGUAUGUUUCAGACAAACACUGCCCUGAUGGAGUCCAUCCUGAAACCAUCCAAGCGUGACUCAGUCAUCCCUUUUGUACCCAAGGAGAACCCCCUGGAGCGGAGUCAGAUUCCCAGCACGCUCUGUGGGCUCAUGCCCUUGGAUGAGAACUCUCCUGGCUUCUCCAGGACAGUGCAGAACACCUUUACCACCAGCAGGAUCAAUGAGAGGAAAGCCACGUGGGACAUGAUGCAGAGAAAGAAGCUACAGCAGUAUCAGGAACGGUAUCAAACACUGCACAACUUGGCUGCUCUGAACCUUGGCUCCCUUCCCCAGGCGCCUCCAUCAGCACCACGGCCGCAGCUGCUGGAGCAAUCACCCCCACAGCGGUGUCCCCCCGCUUCGGCUGUCCCUCCUGCUGCAAACCCUCCCCCCCCCGCCGGUCACCCCAUGCCUACUCAGAUGGGUCCCCUUCCUUUCCAACCACUUCAUCUCCCAUCAGGCCACUACAACGUGAUGCCAGGUCCACAAGGGAUCCCGCACCUCAUCAUUCAACAUGCUCGAAUGGUUCAGAUUGGGAACCACAACACGAUGCAGGUAGAAACUGCCACACCAGGUCCACAGGACAGCAAGGAAGAAACCAGGUAG